ACCGCAAGCGUGCUGUGCGCAGUAAUCCCGGAGGAAGAGCCGCGGCGUGGUGUCUUCUGCAUCGCAUUUGGCAGACACGUGUGGGAGCGUUUGGCCGGUGGUGGACCCGGAUUGCUUGUGUGAGGCUGCAAAACUCACCAAUAGUCUUCUCUUAGAACACAUUGUGUUUGUGUAAGAUCAGACCAUCAUGUCAGAAGUGGAGCAGGAGACCACUGUUACAGAAGAGAAGACUGGCCCCUCAGAAAUGGACCAGAAAGUUUCAGCAAGUCAGGACAACAACGAGCCAUCAGAAUUAGAUCAGAAGAUUAUUCGCCAAGUUGAGUACUAUUUUGGUGACUACAAUUUGCCUAAGGACAAGUUUCUCCAGGAGCAGAUCAAGAAAGAUGAAGGCUGGGUGUCAAUGGAAACCAUGCUCAACUUCCAAAGGUUGAAAGUCUUGAGCAAUGACCCAAAUGUCAUUUGUGGUGCUCUGGCUAAGUCGGCAGCAAAGCUUAUGGAAGUGAGUGAAGAUAAGACAAAGAUUCGGAGAUGUCCGGAUAAGCCGCUUCCGGAGCUUUCCGACGCCCGGAGACAGGAAAUCAUUGCACGGUCGGUGUACAUGAAGGGGUUUCCAAAGGAGGGCUGCACUCUGGAUAUGUUGCUGGAAUUUCUCAAAUCAUAUGGCAAGACGGACAAUGUGCAGAUGAGGAAUUACCACGACAAAGUAGAGGACAAGUGGAAGUUCAAGGGGUCCAUUUUUGUAACAUUCCCAACAAAAGCGGAGGCGGAAGCUUUUCUUAAGCUUGAAUCGGUGAAGCAUGGCGGUGAAGAGCUCAUCAGAAAAUGGCAAGCAGACUACGUGGAGGAAAAGAAAAUAGAGAUGAAGGAGGGCAAAAGAGGCAAGGAAAAGCGCAAACAAAACCUGAAGGCUGCCGCAGAUGGUGACGGAAAGGCCGAAAAGAAUGGUACAAGUAACGCCGCGGGUGGAGACGAGAAAGAGGAGGGAAAUGAUAAGGAGGAGAAGCCGGAGCACAUUCUGGGUGCCGUGCUCGUGCUGAAGGGCAUCAAAGAGACGACGAAAUGGACCCACAUCAAGGACCGACUCGUGGAAUUGGGAGCGGAUGUUGCUUUCGUUGACUUCACGCAGGGCGACGCAGAGGCUUUCGCCCGUCUAAAGGAGGCCGGAUCCGCCGCAGAGGUGUUCGCCAAAAUAAGUGAGGCUGGUAAACUAGAAAUUGAUGGGGUCGAAGUGGAGGCAAGAGUCUUGGCCGGCGAGGAGGAGAUCAAGUAUUUGGACGAUCAGCAGGAGGUGCGGAAGAACAGACGCAUGCAGAACAAGCGGAAGGCCGGGAACCGCGGCCGCGGCAGGGGUCGUGGGGGGAAGCGGGGAAGGUACUGAGACUCGAUCCAUGAGUUCGUCUCGCAUGCUUGUGCUGCAAGGUUCCUUCGGAUUAGUUAAGCUGCCCUGCCCAUUUCGAUGGCAUGGCUUUUGUGAUGGACAUAGAUGGAAGUGGAAGCAUUCAUUGUCACCGUUUUAAUAUCUGAUUGAUUUCUGAAAUGAUCGCAGAAGCCAUCUAUUGAAUAAAAACAAGUAUGUUGAGACUUU